UACUAACUUGUCUUUCUCUUUUAGAGUAUCAUAAUGGAGAUGUAUAUCGGAGACGACGAUUUGUGUCAGCAGAUGGAGAGAAUGGAUAAACUGUCGGAGAUAAGGUUAAAAUUAGGAGCCUAUCAAUAUAUGGAGAACCUUCGCAAUGAAGUUCUGGCCAACAACCUGUUUGGAACAGAGGAAAAGAUGGAGAUACAACGAGAGCAGCCGAUGGCAGACAAAACCCAAAGGAUCAUUGCAAAGAUUCAAACAGAGCUACUGAAGAGAAUUCUUCCAAGCAACAGAAAUGCUGUAAUGGCUGUUAAGUGGAUGAAUAUCAUCAAAGAGAACCACCAGAAAAUGGUUCAUGUCCGGGAAGAGCUGUCGAGAAAACUCCAGCAACACGAUGGCGAUUCCUUUGAGGAAAUCUCCAGAGACCACGGGGAGAAAAAUCAACAUGGCACCCUUUCAAAGAAAAAAGAGGAGAAACAAUCUGAGACAGUGACAGACAAAAGGAAGAUCUUGAUCAACAACAUUCAGGUGGAUUUGUUGAGAACAAUGCUACCAAUUGAAAGAAACUCGAGAAUGGCUGUAAAAUAUAUGAGAAUUAUCCGGGAAAACCACGUGAUUCUGAUGACCAUACAAGAGGAAUUGCUCAAAAAAGUAAAGGAAAGAGAAGACGAUUCCAUGGCGGACUCCUUUAGAAAACUAGAGAAUGUUAACCAAAUCAAGUGGAAUGCCACAUUAGAUUCCUGGGACAAGGAAAAGAGAAACAAGAUUUUAUUCGCCAUUCAUGUUGAUCAAGUGAAAAGAAUAAGGACAAGAAGAUGUCCGCAAAUGGCGGGGAAAAUGAUGAAGAGACUUCAAGAUCGUCACAUAGUACUCAAGAAUCUUCAGGAAGAACUGGUGAGAUGGGUAAAUGAGAGAGCAAACUUGCGUAAAACAAAGAAAACCGUUGAAGAGGAGUUGUUGAUGGAAAUAAAAAGGAAAGACGAACUAAAGAAAAGUCGAAAAAUGCUUCAAAUUGAAUUGAUGAGCUAUCAUUGUGAGAGUGCUGUUGAUGAGGAUGCACUCUUUGUUCCCCGGAAGUUAUUCCUCAACAGUGUCGAAACAUUCAAGGCCGUCCCAAAGCUCGAGAAUGCACCUAGAGUCGCGAUUGAUAGGAAAGAUGGACCGUUAGUUUGUCUAACUUACGCAGACCAACCCCAGUCACAGCUGAAGAAAGGGACAAAACCCACAUUAAAGAGUCGUAUAAAGAGGAUUUUCGGUUUCCGCUAAACGAAAUGGAAACCUAAAUGUGCAUUGAUGAAGAUUGGAGAAUAGACAUUCCUUACUUUAAAAUUCCAUUCAUUAAGCUUUUAUUUCAACAAAUAAAUCUUUAUUGUUCCAUCUAUAAAUGUGUUUAUAUUAUUUAUCAUAUCAUGAUUCUAGUAAACAUUAGAUACAUAAUCCACAAAUACUUUUUUUCACUCUAAAGAACAGACAUCUUGUCAGUACAUGCGAAUUGUUAUGUUUAAAGAAAAUCUAGAAAC